AGUCGCGAGCUCCGUUAGUAUUACUUCGAGCGCCGAACGGUAUGGAUGUAUCUCAGUCGCGCGCUCACCAUCUGUGAACAAUGCACGGACUCUAUGCUUACGCGCCCAAGCACGAUCACUUCUGAAACUCGUCCGCAAAGUUACGCGUUGCGAUGUGCCGUCGGAAAUAGCUCUAUAAAUUGGACUUUUCGAAAAUGUUGGUGCGACUUUUCGGUUCGUUUCUCCUAACGGCAGCUUUCAGUGUUGCUGCACGGUUCGACGGUCCGGAACAGUGCUCUUGGUUGCCGGAUAAUUCGGAUACCUCCUCCUCGAAACUGGCAGUUACGUGUAAAGUGCGCACGCUGGAAGAUACGGCCAACAUCACCGCCUUGCCUGCUGAAGUGACUUCCAGACUUAGGAUACAAUGUAGCGAUGUGUUGUUCUUCGAAAGUUCUCUGCCCACCCAAGGUUUGCAUCGGCUUCACGAGCUGGAGGAGCUGCAGGUCAGCAACUGCAAGCUGCUCAACAUCGCGCCAAACUCAUUCGAAGGACUCCAUAAUGUGAAGAAGUUGUCUGUCAAUACGUUCAACGCCGACUGGAGCCCUACAAAAAGCUUGGAACUUACCAGCUACAGCCUGCAGGGUUUGAAAGAGCUACAAACUCUGGACUUGGCGGAUAACAACAUUCGAGCUGUGCCUGAUGGAUCGUUCUGCUCCCUUCCAAACUUAUCCACGUUGAAUUUGACGAGGAAUCGUAUCCGCAAUUCAGAAAGGAUAGGCUUCAACAUCCCAGAAUGUAGCAGUAGCGAGUUGCAAAACCUGGACCUAUCCCACAAUGAUUUGAGAUCUCUCUCGGAAAACUCAGGUUUUUCAAGACUGAGACGCUUGCAGCUCCUGAAUCUCCAGAACAACAAUGUUUCAGAAAUAUCCGCCGAGGCGCUAGCAGGUCUGGUAUCUUUGAGGAUUCUUAAUUUGGAUAAUAACAAAGUGGGGACAUUACCGCAGGGGCUAUUCGCUGGAACGCCGGAGCUGAAAGAAAUACAUUUGCAGAAUAAUUCAUUGUUUUCGCUGGGCAAGGGAUUAUUUCAUCGGUUGGAGCAGUUGUUGGUGCUGGACUUAUCGGGUAAUCAGCUUACCAGUAACCACAUAGACGCUGGAACUUUCACCGGGCUUAUCCGACUGAUCGUACUUAAUCUUUCGCAUAAUGCUUUAACUCGCAUCGACGGCAAAACCUUUAAGGACCUGUUUUUCCUGCAGAUCCUGGAUUUGAGGAAUAAUUCCAUUGGAUUCAUCGAGGACAAUGCCUUUUUGCCGCUGUACAACCUGCACACGCUGAACUUAGCCGAAAACCGACUCAACACUAUCGGAGUGCAAUUGUUCAACGGACUGUUUGUGUUAAGUAAACUUACGUUGAACAACAACUUGAUCAUCAGCAUCGAUACGCGUGCUUUCCAAAACUGCUCUGCACUUAAAGAACUGGAUUUGAGUUCCAACGCUCUAGCCGAGGUACCUGAAGCGAUACAAGAACUUUCCUUCCUGAAAACGCUGGAUUUGGGCGAAAAUCAAAUCACCACCUUCCAAAACGGUUCGUUCAAAAAUUUGAACCAACUUACAGGCCUGAGACUGAUCGAUAACAACAUUGGAAACUUGUCGAGAGGCAUGUUGUGGGAUCUUACAAACUUGCAAGUGUUAAACUUGGCGAAGAAUAAAAUCCAGAGCAUAGAAAGAGGUACUUUUGAGCGCAACACGCAGAUCGAGGCUAUCCGGUUAGACGAGAAUUUUCUAACGGAUAUUAACGGCGUGUUCGCGACACUCGCAAGCUUACUUUGGCUUAACCUAUCGGAAAAUCAUCUAGUUUGGUUCGAUUACGCUUUCAUCCCAAGUAACUUGAAGUGGUUGGAUAUCCAUGGAAACUUUAUCGAACAUCUGGCAAACUACUACAAAAUACAGGACGAAAUUAGAGUCAAGACCCUCGAUGCUAGUCAUAAUCGUAUCACAGAGAUCAUGCCGAUGUCAAUACCUAACAGUGUGGAACUCUUGUUCAUCAACAACAACUUUAUCAGAUCAGUAGCUCCAAAUACCUUUAUAGACAAAGAAAACCUAGCUAGAGUCGACAUGUAUGCUAACGACCUGGUGAACUUAGAUCAAAACGCGCUCCGUAUCGCUCCGGUGCCUUUGAACCGGUCUUUGCCUGAGGUCUACCUGGGUGGGAACCCUUUUCACUGCGACUGCACCAUGGAAUGGCUACAGCUCAUCAACAACAUGUCGGCUUCUAGACAGUACCCCAAAGUCAUGGAUCUGGAGAAUGUCAUGUGCAAGAUGACCCAUUCACGAGGAAUGACACACAUGCCUUUGAAUCAAGCUAAGACCAGUGACUUUUUGUGUACUUACGAGACGCAUUGUUUUGCUUUAUGCCACUGUUGUGAUUUCGAUGCUUGUGAUUGUGAGAUGACAUGCCCGAAUAAUUGUACGUGUUACCAUGACCAAACGUGGAAUACCAAUGUUGUGGAUUGUUCUGGUCAGCUUGCUGCUGAUAUCCCUAAUAAGAUCCCCAUGGAUGCUACCGAAGUGUACUUAGAUGGAAACGAGAUUAAAGAACUGCAGAAUCAUGCUUUUAUUGGCAGAAAGAACAUGAGGGUGCUAUAUGUGAAUAAUAGUGGUGUGGAGUUUAUUCAAAACAGUACUUUCAAUGGAUUGCACGCGUUACAGAUUCUGCACUUGGAAGACAAUAAGUUGCAUGAGUUGAAGGGUUACGAGUUCGAGCAAUUAUCUAGUCUCAGAGAGUUGUACCUGCAAAAUAACGUUAUCUCGCAUAUAAGCAAUAAUACUCUGGAACCCCUUACUUCACUAGAGAUACUCCGUUUAGACGGAAAUAAGCUAGUCACGUUUCCCGUAUGGACACUAUCAUCUAACUCCCGAUUAGUCGAAGUUACUCUAGGCAGCAACCCUUGGUCAUGCCGUUGCAAGUUCCUUCAAGGUCUCACUGCAUGGGUGGGAGACAACGCAGCCAAAGUUUUAGAUAGUGCUGACAUGAUGUGCUACAAUCCCGAUUCGAAACCUCCACAGCGUCGCGAACUGGACUUUAAUAGCACGGCCUGCAGUGAUUUUUACGCAGGUAGUUCUGUGAUAGACUCUAUGCUUGUGUCUGACUAUUGGCCUAUGGUGGUGGUCACUCUAUGUACAGUGAUCCUUUUGUUGCUGGUAGUGGUGUUGUGGUUCGUGUUUCGGGACCCAGUGCGUGUGUGGUUGUACUCCCGAUACGGAGUACGAUUGUGCAGCUUUCGAACCACCUCGGCCAAACACUUCGAGGACAGAGACAAGUUGUACGACGGCUUUGUGUGCUACAGUCCCAAAGACGAGGAGUGGGUGAUUCAAGCCCUGGCUGCGGAGCUGGAGCCCAAGUUCCAGCUAUGUUUGCACUACAGGGACCUUCCUCACACGGCGUACAUGCAGCAUGCUGCCCCAGCAGUGCUUGAAGCUGCCGAAGCUAGUAGACGGGUGAUCAUAGUGUUAACGAGGAACUUCCUACAAACUGAGUGGUCGAGGUUUGAGUUGAGGCAAGCGUUGCAUGAGGCUCUCAAGGGGAGAGCGUUUAAACUGGUGAUAUUAGAAGAAGGGCCGCUUCCUGAAGCGGAGCUGGACCCUGAGUUGAGGUUGUAUUUGAAGACGGCGGAAAGAGUGAGAUGGGGGGAGAAGAGGUUCUGGGAGAAGCUCAAAUACGCUAUGCCCUCGGUUGAGCCCAGGGGCAAGAUCAACGCCAAUUAUAGGCGGAACAUCAAUAACUAUACCAUCGACUCCCGCGUGGUGGCUAAUGGCGGCAGCGGUGGCGGCAGUGUGGUUAGCCACCAUACGCACCACACUUACCCUGAGAAGAUCCGGCACCACGCCCACCAGCAGGGUCAAGCGCCGCCUUCCCCUGGCAUGCUUCAGAUGCUGCCUCCACCAGCGUACUCCGCCCAAGGCGUGGCAACAGCGCCAACGGAAGCAGACGACGCGAACUAUUCGUCGGCGACGACGGCCACGCCUUCGCCGCGGCCGCAACGGCGAAUGGGGGGCGGGGGUGAACCUAGGCCCGCCUCUGACCACAUAUACUCCAGCAUAGACUCUGAUUACAGCACGCUGGAGCGCGGUGGAUCUGGGGCACGCAGGGGUCCGCCGUGGAGGCCCCCCCAGCACGUGGUGCUCCCGCCACAUCAUCAGGCCGCUGGUACCGCAGGUCAGGCCUACCUCGUGUGAUAACCUCCUUGACUGACUAGGUAUAUAUAGUAUGUAUAUUUGAAAAGACUUAUAUAUAAAAAUCUUCGAGUCGAGUCGAACCCUGUAUAUUGUACUACUCGUUUUGUAUUAUUUUUGUACAUUACUGUAUAUAGAUAAUAUUUAUUUUUGUUUUUAUUGAGUCCUUCUUUGUAUUAUUAUGUGUAUAUUUUUUACGAACUGCAAAAACGAAUUAUAUAAUAAAUACGAUGUGACAAUUUUAA